GGGGGCGGCGAUGGCGGGAGGCGGCGGCGGGCCCGGAGCGGGGCCGGUGGCGCAGGGGCUGAAGGAGGCGCUGGUGGAGACGCUGACGGGGAUCCUGUGCCCGGUGCAGGCGGUGCGAGCCGCUGCUGAGGAGCAGGUGAAGGUGCUGGAGGUGACGGAGGAGUUUGGUGUUCAUUUAGCAGAACUGACUGUGGAUCCCCAGGGAGCUCUGGCCAUCCGGCAGCUGGCAUCUGUCAUUCUGAAACAGUAUGUGGAAACUCACUGGUGUUCCCAGUCUGAAAAGUUUAGACCUCCAGAGACCACAGAAAGGGCAAAAGUUGCUAUCAGGGAACUGCUCCCCAACGGGCUGAGGGAAUCCAUCAGCAAGGUGCGCUCGAGCGUGGCUUACGCCGUGUCUGCCAUCGCCCACUGGGACUGGCCCGAAGCCUGGCCCGAGCUCUUCAACCUCCUCAUGGAGAUGCUGGUCAGCGGUGACCUGAACGCAGUGCAUGGAGCCAUGAGGGUGCUCACAGAGUUUACCCGGGAAGUGACAGACAUACAGAUGCCUCUUGUUGCUCCAGUUAUUCUUCCAGAGAUGUACAAAAUUUUCACAAUGGCAGAGGUGUAUGGGAUUCGCACCAGGUCUCGUGCAGUGGAGAUUUUUACCACGUGUGCCCACAUGAUAUGUAACAUGGAGGAACUGGAAAAGGGUGCAGCCAAAGUCCUGAUUUUUCCUGUGGUGCAGCAGUUCACAGAAGCCUUUGUUCAGGCCCUGCAGAUGCCUGAUGGACCAACAUCAGACAGCGGGUUUAAGAUGGAAGUCUUAAAGGCUGUGACAGCACUCGUGAAAAACUAUCCCAAGCACAUGAUUUCGUCAAUGCAGCAGAUCCUGCCCAUUGUCUGGAACACCCUUACGGAAAGUGCCGCUUUUUAUGUGCGAACAGAAGUAAAUUACACAGAAGAGGUGGAGGACCCUGUGGAUUCUGAUGGUGAAGUGCUGGGCUUUGAAAAUCUGGUGUUCAGCAUAUUUGAAUUUGUUCAUGCGUUGUUGGAAAACAACAAAUUUAAGAGCACGGUGAAGAAGGCUUUGCCAGAGCUGAUCUAUUACAUCCUUCUUUACAUGCAGAUCACAGAGGAGCAGAUAAAAGUUUGGACUGCGAAUCCCCAGCAGUUUGUGGAGGAUGAAGAUGAUGAUACGUUUUCCUACACAGUGAGGAUUGCUGCACAGGAUCUGCUGCUGGCUGUGGCUGCUGAUUUCCAGAAUGAGAGUGCAACUGCCCUGGCUGCAGCAGCUACGAGGCAUUUGCAGGAGGCUGAGCAGGCUAAAAACAGCGGCGCUGAGCACUGGUGGAAAAUACACGAAGCCUGUAUGCUGGCCCUGGGCUCAGUCAAGUCUAUAAUUACAGACAGUGUGAAGAAUGGGAGAAUACACUUUGAUAUGCAUGGCUUCCUGACAAAUGUGGUCCUGGCAGACCUCAACCUUUCAGUGUCUCCUUUCCUCCUGGGCCGAGCUCUGUGGGCUGCCAGCCGUUUCACUGUGGCCAUGUCUCCAGAGCUCAUCCAGCAGUUCCUGCAAGCCACUGUCAGUGGGUUACAUGAAACCCAACCUCCCUCUGUCCGGAUCUCUGCAGUCAGAGCCAUCUGGGGCUACUGUGACCAGCUGAAGAUCUCCGAGAGCACCCACGUGUUGCAGCCGUUCCUUCCCAGCAUUCUGGAUGGCCUGAUCCACUUGGCAACUCAGUUCAGCUCAGAGGUGCUGAACCUGGUGAUGGAAACACUGUGCAUUGUUUGCACAGUGGACCCAGCAUUUACAGCCAGCAUGGAGAACAAGAUCUGCCCCUUCACCAUUGCAAUAUUCCUGAAGUACAGUAACGAUCCCGUUGUUGCUUCUCUUGCCCAGGAUAUUUUUAAGGAGUUAGCUCAGAUAGAAGCCUGCCAGGGUCCAAUGCAGAUGAGGCUGAUACCAACCCUUGUCAGCAUCAUGCAGGCCCCUGCUGACAAGAUCCCUGCGGGGCUUUGUGCAACUUCUAUUGAUAUACUGACCACAGUUGUGAGGAAUACAAAACCCCCUCUGUCCCAGCUCCUCAUCUGCCAGGCAUUCCCUGCAGUGGCACAGUGCAGCCUCAACACAGAUGACAAUGCAACUAUGCAGAACGGCGGCGAGUGCCUGCGCGCCUACGUGUCGGUGGCGCUGGAGCAGAUCGCGCAGUGGCACGACGAGCAGGGCCACAACGGGCUGUGGUACGUGAUGCAGGUGGUGAGCCAGCUCCUGGACCCACGCACCUCGGAAUUCACCGCUGCCUUCGUGGGCAGGCUGGUCUCCACUUUGAUUUCGAAAGCGGGAAGUGAGCUGGGAGAGAACCUGGACCAGAUCCUCAGAGCUAUCCUGAGCAAAAUGCAACAGGCAGAGACACUCAGUGUGAUGCAGUCCCUGAUCAUGGUGUUUGCUCACUUGGUUCACUCACAACUGGAGCCACUCCUGGAAUUCUUGUGUAGCCUCCCCGGCCCCACUGGCAAACCCGCCCUGGAGUUCGUGAUGGCUGAGUGGAUGAGCAGGCAGCACCUGUUCUACGGGCAGUAUGAAGGCAAAGUCAGCUCUGUAGCAUUGUGCAAACUCCUUCAGUAUGGCAUCAAUACAGAUGACAAGCGACUUCAGGACAUCAGGGUGAAGGGAGAAGAAAUAUUUAAUAUGGAUGAGGGAAUUCGGACACGAUCCAAGUCGGCCAAAAAUCCUGAGCGCUGGACAAACAUUCCUUUGUUAGUAAAAAUCUUAAAAUUAAUAAUAAAUGAACUCUCUAAUGCAAUGGAAGCAAAUGCAUCUAGACAGACAACUGCAGAUUGGAGCCAAGAUGAUUCAAAUGAUAUGUGGGAGGAUCAGGAAGAGGACGAGGAUGAAGAUGAAGGCUUAGCAGGACAGUUCCUAUCAGAUAUUCUUUCCACAAACAAGUAUGAUGAUGAUUACUAUGAAGAUGAUGAAGAGGACGAUCCAGAUGCAUUAAAGGACCCUCUUUACCAAAUAGAUCUCCAGGCCUAUCUCACCGAAUUCCUGUGCCAGUUUGCCCAGCAGCCCUGCUAUGCCAUGUUCUCCGACCACCUCAACGACAACGAGAAGCGAGUGCUUCAGGCCAUUGGGAUAUAGACCCACUCCAGAGACCAGACCCAUCAUAUCUGAACAACAGGUUAUCUUUGGCUAAUUCCACGUUUUAUGAUUGAACAUAAAACAUUUUCCAGUGUCUGCCUGCCUGUUCCAGGUGGACCAUGGCCUCGUUGCGAUGUAUUGAGCCUCAUCUUAACAGGAGUCUGCUGAGGGAGGGAAUCCCGAGAAAGCAGCAAGGACAUUGCACAUCGGUCUCACCAUGGGAGCACUUUCAUUUUCCACAGUAACUUUCCAGGAAUUUCUUAAAGAUAAAAAAAAAGGUGUCCUUAAUAUUUUUAAAAGCAAACUGUCUCUACCUGUGAAGAGGCACUUACCUGAGUUUCCCACAGCACAGUUGGACAGAGAAAGGAACUGGGUCACUUACGGAUUGCUUGGAUGUACCUUGAGAAAUGGGAAGGUUGUUCCUCUUGGCACUCACGUAACACAGGGUAAAAAUCUUGAUCCUACAACGUGACUUCUUUUAUAGAACCACAGACUCUUAUCAGAGCUGCCUGGAUGGGAUGGAGCCUGUUCAUGGGAGUUUGGAGGGGAAGCUGAGAUAAUAAACCCGAGUGCAUAUCUUCUCUCCUGGUGUGGAUGGGGCUCUGUCGCUCACAUCUGCUGUCCACUCCCACGGGAGCAGUUCUGUGCUAACACUUGUGUGUGCACAUACUCAGAGGAAGCCACCACUUAAACUUUCUGUUCCUGUGGCACGUGGCUACGAAAGACUGAUUUUCUGGAACACAGGGAGCCACGAUUUUUAGGGGGAAAAAAAAACCUGAUUGUAUUUAACAUAUUUGCUCCGUGACAGCCACUCUGAACUCCUCUGCUUCUUUCACACUCCUGUGUGUAUUCUUAUAGAGUGGUAAAAAUAACAUUUGCAAAUUGAUUUCCCCAUGAGAACAGCGUGAUGUAUCUCAAACACCUCUCUGCCUUUGGUUCCCUUUUGGGGGAAAGUGAAAAUAAAACUAUUAAAAUGUACAUUGGUAUCCUUCUUAUAAAACAGAUUUUAAAGGAACUUGCGCUUGUUUCCUGAAGUCACUUUUUAAAGACAUAUUUCUCCUUAGGACACUUUCUGUACAUGUUGCCUGGAGGAUGUCAGGAGUCACCUGAACAGAAAGGCAGUCCUGUGCUGGAUACAUCUAAAACAACAAGCUGAGCCAUUGUAGAGUUUCCUUUCUUAAGAAAGGCACUUGCUGUUCCUUUGUGGAAUAAUUUGCUUCGACGUCGUAUCAAAACCUCCAUAAGCUGGAGUCAUUCUGUAUCUUUCUGGUCUCAUGUUGUGCCUGAGAAUGGGCAGAGCUGGGGCAAUCCCCCAUUCCCUGGAGACUCCUCUGAGCCAUCCUCAAGUUCUCAGUGUUUUGUGUGCCUGACUAACUCUAUGAGAAGCAGAGUUUGAAGCCUAAUUUUUAUGUGUCUAAUAAGGUACAAGCUCUUUCCAUGAAGUUGUGUCGCAGUGUCUUUCUUCCUUGUGGAUUCUCUGGUCUAUAAGAAUAUCUAAUUAAACUUGGUGCCCUGGCCCUCCUGUCGUACUA